AUGAUUAUUUUUUUAUUUUUUCUUUAAACAUAUUAAUUAAGAUUCAAUAUAACUACUCCUGAGGGGAAUCCAUCUGAAUUUAUAACCCUUUAGACCUAUUAGACGGUGAAAUUGAAGGUGGAGUUGGGAAAUUAUUAAUUGAAUUCGGAAAAGAUAUUGCUUUAUAUAACUGAUUAGAUUUCACAUGAGAUAACUUAGUCAUGCACUCUAAAACUCAUGAAUAGAUAGGCAAACGAAUUGAAAAUAUACGUCAAUGCCACAAAUACUGAAGAAGAUUCAAUAUUGACAUCGAUAACAAUAUCAGCAAUAAUAAUAUCUCCAGCAAGAGGCAUAUUAACAUAGCCCAAUCUCUUUCCCAUAAUAUUGAGUUAGAAGCUGAUUGAAUCCUACAUGAUGCCAUUCAAUUUGCCGACUAAUAAAAUAUACAACUUGGAUGUGUUGAAUGAGGAUUUGGAGAUGCCUCCCCAGAAUUAGACUCCAUUUGGAUAGGAGUUCUGGUAAGAAUAUCAAGAGAAGGACAUAUCUAUAAUAGCAUUGACCUGGAUUCCAUUCAUGGGCAAUUGUAGAGAUCAAGGCUAUUACUUAUAUUUGUAUAACCUAUUGGAAAAUGCAACCUUCUGUGAUUUGGUAGCCGAGGAAGAUACCAAGGUAGUUUCCAUGGUGCCAACAAACGGAUUCAACGCAAAAGGGGAUUCCUGCAAUAUCAAUUUGGAGUGUUACUUCUUAGAGAAUUUGAUGGUUGAGUAUGAAGGGAACAAAUGGUGGCAAUCUGAAUAAGACUCCCUAUUCUACUUAAGUAAAUACGCUUUGAAUUACAAAAUCUUGGCUGAAAAUUCAGACGAUUCCCAAACCAACUAUUUCUACAAUAUAAUACAAGCCUAAGACGAAUCCUUAAUAUCUGUCCAGUUCAUCACAGCUGGUGUUAUCAAAAAUAGUUAUCCGACUGAAUUUACCUUUCAGAUUCUCUAUAACCAAAUAUCUCAAACAGAAAAGUAGAUUGUUUCAGCAAUAAUAACAGCAUCUAAUUAUCAAAAAGUAACAUCAAUUAUAAACAAAUAUACAUUGAAUAUUGUCUAUCGGCCUAUGGAUUAUUUGGAAUUAAUAAACUCAUUUUAAUUUGAUAUCACUUUGUAUUUGGUCUUAUAUCUAGUAAUCGGAAUUUUGAUUAAUUUUGGUAUAUUUGUGAUUUGGGUAAUCAAUAAGUCAAUUUCAAUAAUCCCAGAUCCACCCAAAUUGAGAAUCUAUUAAACAUUUAUUGUUGCUUUCCUACCUCCAAUUACUGGAGUCAUUAGAGCAACCAUCCCUAUUGUUGUGUAUGUGCUAAUAUUGGAUAACCUGUUUGCUCAUGAUUUGUUCUCCGGAAUCACAUAUAAUUAUGAUGGAUUACCAACUAAUUUUGAUAAUUCAUAACAAUAUCAAUAUGGGAGAGUUGGACUUAUGUUGGUUGUGUCUGGAAUCAUUAUAAUGAAGAUAGCAUGUAAAUUAUGUAUUCCAAAACCUAUCGAUGAAGAUUGGGGAAUUAUCAGAUCCAAUUUUGAGAAGAAAAACGAAGAGAAAUAUUUUGAUUUUAGUAUCAGCGAAGAGGAAUCUAAGGAAAGUCCUAUGAAAUAAGAUGAAAUCAGAGAAGCUCAGGUUACCUCCAAAAAUGUUGACAAUAAUCUUCAAUCCAACAGUAUUAGUAGACAAGGCUCCUUGUUUUCUAAAUAAUAGCCUGUCAUUCCAGGAUCUGCUCCUCCCAUUACCAAAGAGAAAGAACCAACCAUGCCAAAGAAUUCACUCUUCAAAAAAGCCACCAUUCUCAAACAAAGCAGUUCUAUCAAAGAUAAUUAGUCAUUGAAGGAUUCCAUAAGUCCAGUCCAACUCUUACAAAGAUAGUAAUCAUUUAUGUUAUCAUACCCAUAGAAAUUCCUCAUCUGGAAAUCCCCUUGA